GAUGGGCCUUAGACUCUUCGUAUUCUUUUCUUUGAUUCUCUUCAAUUUGUCAUUAAAGAUGUGCUGCUACAUCAUCAGCAUCUGUUGUCAUGUCAGAUAUUUUACUAUAAGGUAAGUGAGGACUUCUUCCAAAAACGGAUUCUUCUUAAUCUUAAUUAAGUUGAUUUGUUGCUACUGAUUUCAAUAGCCAAGUCAAGCUUUUCAGAUGGCGAGACAGAUGCCGAUUCUACCUCUGUCAACUACCUCUUUAUUUUAUAUUUUGAUCACUCUUUUUUCCAUCAACGAUUGCCACGUGAAAGCUCUAAGUCAAGAAGUCAAGCCAGCAAGAAAGUCCGAAAGACUUCAUAAGUUUAGAGACUUGAGAACCGAACAAAAAAGAGAGGGGCCUGACCGUCUUCCGAAAAGAGAUGCGGCUAUGUUGAAAAGACAAUUAUCUCAUUUGCAAACAUAUCUGGGCGGGAUUAAAUAUAUGACAGGGUUACCCGAUAUUGUAAUCAUCGUUGAUCUGCACGAAGAAUAUAUGGCCCUUCAAGAAUGUAUCACGUUGGGAAUUCCAACAAUUUGUUUAAUCGAUACAAAUUGUGACCCCGGUCUCGCAGAUAUUUCGAUUCCAGCCAAUGAUGACCCUAUAUCUUCAAUCCGAUUAAUUCUUAACAAAUUAGUAUUUGCAAUUUGUGAAGGUCGUUCUAGUUAUAUAAGCAAUUCGUGAUUAAUAAUAAGAUAAAUAACUUAUUUCAUUUCAGAAGUGCUUCAUGCUUUUCGCGUUCUCUACAAAGUGCCAGAAUCCACUCGUUGUGUCAUCUCCUCGUAAAGUUGGUUUUACAAGUUUUUCCUACAAAAAAUAUUAAAAACAAAUAUAACUAGUAAUGAAUAUAAAGAUAAAAAUAACAACCUACUUUACU